AUGGCUCCUAAAGCUGGGAAAACAAAGCCACACAAGAGUAAAGGAGAUAAGAAGAAGAAGGAAGAGAAAGUUUUGCCCACUGUCAUUGAGAUAAGCGUUGAAACACCAGACGAAUCCCAAGUGACUCUCAAGGGAAUCUCCACGGACAGAAUCUUGGAUGUGAGGAAGCUCUUGGCGGUCCAUGUUCAGACAUGCCACUUCACCAAUUUCUCUUUCUCUCACCAGGUGCGCGGCACUAGGCUCAAGGAUUCCGUUGACAUCGUAUCACUCAAACCAUGCCACCUCACCAUCGUGGAAGAGGACUACACGGAGGAGCAAGCCACCGCGCACAUACGGCGGCUACUUGACAUUGUCGCUUGCACCACCGCCUUCGGUUCGUCGAAACCGCCGGUAUCUCGCACGUCUCCCAAGGACUCUGGACAGAAGGAAUCAGGUUCAAACGAGGGAGAUUCUCCGGCCGAGAAAGAUGCCGGUGAUUCAGGUUCCGGUCUCAGCCCUAAGCCUAAGGAAUCAGAGAAGAAACUCGUCGGAAACUGUGAAGCUCAGGCGGCGGAAGGCGGGGAAAAGGGCGACAUCAACAUGUGCCCACCGACUCGACUCGGGCAGUUUUAUGAAUUUUUCUCCUUCUCCCACCUGACUCCUCCGAUCCAAUAUAUCAGAAGGUCUGUUCGUCCAUCCAUCGAGGGUAAAGGAUCAGAUGAUCUAUUCCAAGUCGAUAUUAAAGUCUCAAGUGGGAAGCCGAUCACGGUUGUUGCCUCAAGAACAGGUUUUUUCCCAGCUGGGAAGCAGCAGCUUCUGUGUCACUCUUUGGUUGAGCUGCUGCAACAGAUAAGCCGGCCAUUUGAUGCGGCUUAUGACGCUCUCAUGAAAGCUUUCAUUGAACACAAUAAAUUUGGCAACCUUCCGUAUGGUUUCCGGGCAAACACUUGGGUAGUUCCUCCGGUUGUUGCAGAUAGUCCUUCUACUUUUCCGUCACUUCCUGUGGAGGAUGAGACGUGGGGAGGUAAUGGCGGUGGGGCGGGCCGGUCCGGUAAGCAUGACCGAAGAAAGUGGGCUAAAGAAUUUGCGAUUUUGGCAGCGAUGCCUUGUAAAACACCUGAAGAGAGACAGGUUCGAGAUAGGAAGGCCUUUCUACUCCACAGUCUAUUUGUCGACGUUUCAGUUUUCAAAGCGGUGGAAAUCAUAAAGAAUGUAGUAGAGAGCAGUCAACGCUCACCAAAGGAUACGACUGCAUUGGCUUUCCAUGAAGAAAGGGUUGGUGAUUUGGUCAUAAGAGUGGCUAGAGAUGAUCCUGAUGCCAGUUCCAAGCUUGACCGAAAGAGUGAUGGGAGUCGGGUUCUUGAGAUCUCUCAGGAAGAACUUGCUCAAAGGAAUUUGCUUAAAGGGAUCACUGCUGAUGAGAGUGCGACGGUUCAUGAUACGUCUACGUUGGGUGUGGUGGUGGUCAGACAUUGUGGUUUCACAGCCAUUGUAAAGGUUGCUGCUGAGUUUAACUUGGAUGGGAGCCGAAUCCCACUUGAUAUAGACAUCGAAGACCAAUCAGAAGGAGGUGCAAAUGCACUGAAUGUAAAUAGCUUGAGAACUCUCUUGCACAAGUCGUCAACGCCUUCGAGCACAUCCCCGAGAUCACCAAAUGCAGACUCAGAACAAAUACGUGUCGCUAAGUCCCUUGUGAGGAAAGUAUUUAAGGACAGUCUGCAGAAAUUGGAGGCUGAACCUUCAAGAAAUACCAAGCCUAUAAGGUGGGAACUAGGAGCUUGUUGGGUGCAACAUCUGCAAAGUCAAGCUUCUAGUAAAAGUGAGUCUAAGAGCACUGAAGAUGCUAAGCCUGAACCACCUGUUAAGGGUCUUGGAAAGCAAGGUGCACUGCUAAAGGAGAUAAAAAGGAAGAUCGACGUGAAAGCUAACAAGACUGAACAGGGGAAGGAGGCCCUUGCUAAUUCGGCUGACAAUGACAAUAAAUCAGAAACUGAGGAUCUUGAGAAACAAAAUGAGGAAAUGGAAAAGAUGUGGAAAGAACUGGUGACAGAAUCUGCAUAUCAGCGUCUUAAAGAAUCAGAAACUGGUUUUCAUCUCAAGUCACCCAGGGAGCUGAUUGAAUUAGCCCGCAAAUACUACACUGACACUGCUCUUCCGAAACUGGUGGCAGACUUUGGAUCUCUUGAACUCUCACCCGUUGAUGGGAGAACUCUGACAGACUUUAUGCACACCAGAGGCUUACAAAUGCAUUCUUUGGGAAGAGUGGUCGAGCUGGCUGAAAAGCUCCCGCAUGUGGAAUCCCUCUGUAUACAUGAAAUGAUUGUUCGGGCAUACAAGCAUAUACUGCAGGCUGUUGUAGCAGCUGUUGAAAACACUGCUGAUGUGGCCACCUCAAUAGCAUCAUGCUUAAAUGUCCUAUUGGGAACACCGUGUGACACUGAGAGUGAAAAUGAUGAAAAAAUAAAGUGGACCUGGGUAGAAACGUUCAUUUCCAAGAGAUUUGGGUGGAACUGGAAGCAUGAAGGCGGCCAAGAACUGAGAAAAUUCGCCAUUCUUAGAGGACUGUCACACAAGGCAUUGGCGAAGCUUGUAGCAGUGUGCGGCCCAUAUCAUAGAAUGACCGCAGGAGCAUAUAGUCUUCUUGCUGUUGUGUUGUACCACACCGGGGACUUUAACCAGGCUACCAUUUACCAGCAGAAAGCACUCGACAUAAAUGAAAGGGAACUUGGACUAGAUCAUCCAGACACAAUGAAAAGCUACGGCGACCUGGCUGUCUUCUAUUAUCGUCUUCAGCACACAGAGUUAGCGUUGAAGUACGUGAACCGUGCAUUGUACCUUCUGCACCUAACAUGUGGGCCGUCACAUCCAAAUACAGCUGCCACUUAUAUUAAUGUAGCGAUGAUGGAAGAAGGUUUGGGGAAUGUCCAUGUGGCUUUAAGAUACCUUCAUGAAGCGUUGAAAUGUAACCAGAGACUACUCGGAGUUGAUCAUAUCCAGACUGCUGCAAGCUACCAUGCCAUUGCCAUUGCUCUUUCGCUGAUGGAAGCAUACUCCUUGAGCGUCCAACAUGAACAGACCACUCUACAGAUUCUACAAGCAAAACUAGGCCCUGAGGAUCUUCGGACACAGGAUGCGGCUGCUUGGCUGGAGUACUUCGAGUCUAAAGCUCUGGAACAGCAAGAAGCUGCACGAAAUGGUACUCCCAAGCCAGACGCCUCUAUUUCCAGCAAAGGGCAUCUCAGUGUAUCGGACCUGUUGGAUUAUAUAACCCCGGAUACUGAUCUCAAAGCAAGGGAUGCCCAAAGGAAAGCUCGCCUGAAGGUCAAGGGAAGACCAGGGCAAAGUCCAGGACCUGUGUCAGAAGAAAAUCAGAAAGAUAAUGAAAUUCUGGCUCCGAGUCAUAUCACUGUGGAGAGUUCAAGUGACAAAGAGAACAAAUCCGAAGCCAAAUCUGAAGAAACAAAGGUUGAGAAGCGUGAUUUGGAACCUCAGGAGCAGCUGGUUAAGCUCGAGUCUACAGCCCAAGAAGAUGAGGACUCUGACCAAGGAUGGCAAGAAGCUGUCCCGAAAAACCGUUCUUCUGGGCGUAAAACCCGGCCCAGCCUGGCAAAGCUGAACACAAACUUCAUGAACGUGACCCAACAGACAUCAAAAAGCAGAGGAAAAUCCACUAAUUUCGCAUCCCCAAGGACUAGUUCAAAUGAGCUUUCAAUUUCUGCUGCUGGUUCUACAUCCCAGCACGCGAAGAAGCUGCUUUCAAAAAGCCCAAGUUCGAACAGAAAGCCAAACAGUCCCAGUAUCGUGGUAGAACGACCAGUCAACGAUAAGGCAAUCCCAGCUUCCACUGAACAGAUCAACAAGCCAACUCCGAUGGUGAGUCCUGUGAGUGUUAAAGCUGGAAAAUUGUUUUCUUAUAAGGAGGUUGCACUGGCACCCCCUGGAACCAUUGUGAAAAUAGUUGCGGAGAAGUUGGCAGAAGAAACGACUGCCCCAGAGAAUUUGAAUUCGACAAAAGUUGCAGUAGAUGGUCCUGAGAAAGUUAAAGUUGAGGAUGUAGAAAGUGAGAAUAAGCUUGUGGUCACAGAAACGGGAGCGAAAAAUGCUGAUAGCGAUGAACAAGGAGAGGUGGUUGUUGGUGGAUCGGAGUUGAUGAGUUCACCAGGGGAAAUCAAGAAUGUGGAGGCUGAAAAGGAAGCAGCAGAAGCAGUUCAAAAAGAGACAGUCGUAUCAGAUGCAAGACAAGGAAACUCUGAGAGUGUAAAAACGGCUGAGGAAUCAAAUAAGUCAACAACAACAACAAAAGAUUCAAAUGGAAAUGGACCUGCAACCGGAGUGAAGCUAGAGGAGGAUGUCUCUGAUGCUGAACUAAAAGCAGUAGAUGGCGAAACAAAAGAUAGCCCGAAGUCAUCAGUAGCUGCAGAUGGAGAAAAGCAAGACGCAUCCGAGGCACAAAAGGAGAAGAAGCUCUCUGCUUCUGCACCACCGUAUACCCCGACGACCAUUCCAAUUUUUGGGUCGAUUACAGUUCCUGGAUUCAAUGACCAUGUGGGAAUCCUUCCCUCCCCACUGAAUAUGCCACCAAUGCUUCCUGUAAACCACGUCCGCAGGUCAAGUCCUCAUCAGUCGGUAACAGCUCGAGUUCCCUAUGGGCCAAGGCUCUCAGGUGGUGGUUACAACCGAUCCGGAAACAGGGUUCCGCGUAACAAACCAAGCUUCCCCAGUAGCACUGAGUCCAAUGGCGACGCUAAUCAAUUAAAUGGCCCAAGAAUAAUGAACCCUCAUGCUGCUGAGUUCAUACCGAGUCAACCUUGGGUUUCUAAUGGCUAUCCAGUGUCACCAAACGGCUAUUUGCUAUCCCCAAAUGGGGCGGAAAUAACACAAAAUGGGUACCCUCUGUCACCAGUAGCAGGUGGAUAUGUGUGUAACAUACCUGCACAGCCUCAGAAUGGGCUUGUUAUGCCUACACCACUGGCUUUGGAGGAGUUGCCUGGUGCAGAAAGCUCUGAGGAGAAGAGUGGAAGCGAAGAAGAGAGCAACAACGAGAAGAAAGUUGCAGAGGAUGAAGAAGCCACUGCACAAGAAACUGAAGAGACUCUUGAAAAUGGGCACUCCACAGUAGGUGAAGAAAAACCCACAGCACCUGAGAUAUCUGACAAGAAAAAUGGGGAAGGACAUGGAGGCAAGUGCUGGGGAGAUUACAGCGACAACGAAGUUGAGCAAAUCGAAGUCACAAGUUGA